AAGGAAUUCGACAGAUGAGAACAUCAAGUUUAAUAAUCUAACGUGUAUGCGUGUGUGUGUUUGUGUGCAUACGUGCAUGUAUUCGAAGUAAAGGCAAUAAUGUCUUAUUACGAAAUUCGACGAGGAAUCGAGAAAAAGUGCUAUAUCGUCGAGGCACGCGUGAAAUUCCCACGCAAAGUAUUCUACGCAGAGUAUUCUUCCCCGAACGAAUUUUCGUGUUCCGUCGCUAAUAGAUUCGACAAGGAUCAUCGAGUAAUCUUCUCAGGUGAAUACGAAACGAAGAAAAUGGAAUCGACUUCUUUUCCAUAGAUCUGUAAUUAAAAUUAGAAUCAGAGUUCCUCAAGGUGUAUCCAUGUUAAGUUAAGUCAGUAUAGCGAAGAUUGGAUUCGUUCGGUUGGCAAAAGAGAGGUGCAAAGCCGAGAAGCCCGACGAGGAUAUUCGAGAAGGGGCGAGAAGAAGAAGAAGGUAGUUUGGGUAUUCGAGAAAUAUUCGACUCGUCGGCGAUCAUUGUGGUGACGUCGUGAAUUCUUCGAAAAACGAGAGGACAGACCGGCUACGUAGAGGUACAUACGAGGCCGAGCCUUCACCUCGAUCGCGCGAGGUGUACGCGACGCGCACGUAUGUAUAGGUAAACGUACGUAGACAGGUACGCGAGCGAAACGAUCGGCGAGAGAGGAGAGAAGAGAAGAGAAGAGAAAAAGAAGACAGAAGAAGAAAAAGAGGGACAAGACGAGACGAGACGAGACACGUGGAAUCGUGCAAAACGCAGAAGAGAGAACGGGAGGAAGAUGAGAAACGGAGAAGGAGAGGAUGUGAAAGGGAAGAGAAAAAGAAGGCUGAGAAGGAGGGAAAAGGAGGAGGCGCGAGAGAUCGGUAGAGGGGUCAUUGGUUGUUCGUUGCGCACUCUCAACGUAUGGGAAUCGUUAUGGACCGACUAUAGUCGUUGGAAUGCGUCCUUUUUUCCUUUUUCUGUCUCCCCAUAUACCUGGCGGGCUACUCUCGCUUCGUUGUGGCGACGACGUUGGCGGUGGCGGUGGCGAUGGCGGUGGCGGUGGCUGUGGCGGUGGCGGCAACCACCGCGGCAAACCUCUUGCGGACAAUCUCGUUGGCUGGCGACCGGUACAGCCGCGACCGGCCGAGGAGGAAAGGAACCACGAUUCGACUUAACGGAUCUGCGCCGCCUUCGAACACUGCAAGUCACCAACGCACCGUAUAGGUAACCGACAGCCAUUGUUAACGGGAAAAGAAAGCUUUUCACGUUAGAAAAGAAGAAGUGAAAAUAGAAACUGGAGCUUCUUAUUGACAGGAAAGAAGAAGAAGAGGAGAAGGAGAAGGAUGAAGAGGAAGAGGAAGAGGAAGAAGAAGAAGAAGAAGAAGAAGAGGACGAUGUAAUCCCGAACAAAACUUUAUCUUUGAAAAAAAUCUGCAAAGAUCGUUAAGGAGAGAAUAUAGAAAGAAAAGUUUACGGGUCAACGGUUAUAAAACGGAAGAAACAAAAGGGGAAUAUACGAGACGUCGUGUGGAAAGAUCGCGAACUCGCGCAGCAAGAGCCAGAAGAGCGUUCGAGAACAAGGAGAACGAGAUGCCGGCGCGAGGAAAAGGUAGACGAGGCAACGCGAUAAAGAACGAAUCAACCAGGUAGAAGGACAGGGAUGCCGCGGUAAUGCUCCAAGAGAGCCGGCCAAACGAGAAGACCGGCCAAAGAAGGGAAGAGAGAGGGAGGGACAGAGAAGAAGAGAACGAUAGAAAACGGACAUAGGUAGGAGGACAGGUAGUCGGGGAAAGAAGACCAAGUGAAGAGCAUAGGGGAGAGAAGAUACAAGAGAAAAGAGUGGAUCCACGAAGGGGAACAGCACGGCAAGGAACGGAAUGGAGCGGUGUAGAAAGUAAGAGAGGGGGAGAGGAGAGGAAAGAAGAAAAGAGAGAGACUCGUUCCUCUCGUAUAUAUGUCGGCAGUUCGGUUCGGUGACGUCACGAUGUCGAUUUGAACGGACCAAUGGGCAUUCGAAACGAAGCUGAAGAGGUAAAGAGGAUAUGGAGGGGAGUGGAGGGUGGAAGAGGGCCGAAGGGGCCCCGAGGGGGCCAAGGAGCUCCAGGUUCCGGAGUUCGAGGGGGAAGGGGUAACGCGAAAGGUGCGUGCGGCCCCAGACGUGGGGCGCGGGGCCAGUUGAUCAGUGAGUGCGGUAGUGAUCUCAUCUUGUACCGCGCCAGGUGUGACUCCUCUCUUUCCUCUUCUUUCGAUACGAGUCUAUGUGCCCUUGGUAAGACGGAGCAAGCAGUAGCGGACUUAAAAUUCACGUAUCGGUUCGAGCCGUGUCCUCAACACCGAACAACAGAUGACCGAAACUUGCUGGUUGAAAGAUGCGAUAACAAGAGCGCCAAUAAGGGGGAACUAAUUUUCGUGAUUCUGUGACAAAGAAAAGGGGAAAAGGACGGUGAAGAUAUUUCAAGAAAUAAUGAAGAAAAAAAAAAAAAAAAAAAA